AUGCGCUACAUUCUGAGCAAUCCCAAGUCGACCUCAUGUUGGAAACCCACGUGAGUGAAAAAGAGAAUUUGCGUCUAAUUAAAGUCAAAUAUGAACAAACCGCAUGAUUGAAAGGAUGCUCCUCUAUGUGUCGUCUGAACCUUUCCUUUUCAUCGCGAAAGGAACAUUUAUCAAUCGUCAGUUUCCUCCUAGGUGUGCUGAAACUUCUCCCGUCCGCCAUAUUGGCGACCGAGGCUUUUACAGGGUCUGGUUCGGUUCAUCACCAGUUCCUCCCCAACUAUCAAAAACAAAAAACAUGGCGACUCUUGUGGAAGAAAUCUGUCCUUCAGUGGAAGCCCUUACUCGAAGGGAAGAUGCCGCCUCUUUUCCCUGUCCUACAGAGGGAUGUUCCAGAGAGUUUCAGAAUCGUCCAUGCCUUAGGAUGCACCUGAUCAAGACUCAUGGCAUCGCGCCGAAUGGCAAAGAAAAGAAGCUUUUUACUCGUGGUCAGGGAAAGAGUCAAGUUGAAAAGCAUUUUUACUGUCCGGUUCAACAUUGUGUACGAGGACAAGGUACUAAGAGACCUUUCCCUCGAAUGUCUCAGCUGAAACAGGUAUGCAAAACAAUUGACGAAAACCAAUAGGAGGAGAAAUUAAGCAUUAUAAUUUAAGUUUAUAAGUUUAGUUAUAAGUCUACAAUUAAAAUAACAUGAUAAUUAUUAUAAGUUUAGAAUUAUAACUAUGAGUUUAAAUUGGGUAUUAUAAACUAGCUGCACAGGCAAAAGAUCUAGAGUUGAAACUCUUACAAAUAAAGUAACUACAACAUUGUGACCACUUUCAGUGCAUCUUAAACCCUAUACUCUGACAGGUUAACAAGACAGAAUUAUUCCCUACAACAUCAAUACAAUAUCCAGCAGACAAGUGAUGAGAGUAAGAGAAACAUCAAUCAGGGGAUUAUAAGUUGAUCCAAUACCAAAUUCUCCAAACUAACAUCAUAAAAAAGUUAUAAGGAAGGCAGUAAGGAGAAUUACUGACAAGAUCUUGGUGAAAGAGAAAGUUUGAAAAACAUUUGAGCAUACUGAGUUCCCUUUUAUCUUUUCUCAUUUGUCAAACAGCAUUACAUGACAGUGCAUGCAGAGAAAACAAAUGUUUGCAGUAAAUGCGGUAAGGGCUUUGGUUUGCCUGAGGCUUGUAAACGGCAUGAAGUCAAGUGUGGGCAGUUGUUUACUUGUUCAUGUGGGUGCCCUUACACCACACUGGAAGCACUUCUCACCCAUGCACGGCGUCAGAUGCACAAAGUUCCGGAAGAAUACAAAACUAAGGCAGCAAGGUCAGUAGUGUCCUUCAUUUCCAAGGAAUGUCUCUUAUAUCUUUGAGGUUCAUCAAGAUAUGAAGCAUUAGGGAAGUUUGGCAGGCACUCAAAACAUCAGAGUUGCGUGCAGGCACACUACAAGCAACUUUAAUGCAUCUUUUGUUCUCCCUCAGCUUCCCAUGUACUCACUAAACACAUGCUGUUGCACUAAGUAGCUGUUAAGUAGAAUAUAUUUAAUAUAAAUUCAGCUUGAGAAUUGGAUACAUGUGAGAAGGAAACUUCUGUUUUAUUAUGAUAGUUGGUAUAAGGUAAGAAGACCUUACUGGAGACAGAUCAUCUUUUAUUCCAUUUCCAUAUCUAUUUUUAGUGCAAAAUCUUCAGCGCCUGCACCAGCAUUUGCUGUACUUGUUGUUAAACCUGCAACCUCGAUACCAUGUGUAAGAAUCGACUCUGGAAAGAAAUAUGGUCCUGGAAAUCAGACAGCAAAACUUCAGCCAAUCCUUCCCAAACCUGGCCCAGUCACAAACUUAGAAACUGGUAGAGGCUCUUGCAGUUCUUCAAGGAAAAGAGCAGUCAACAAGUCUGUGCAAACACAGCCUCCUUAUGAUGUGCACAGUAUGUGUACUCAAACACCCAGUCGCCCAGUGAAUAUGGAUCAGGGAUGUGAUUCAUACACACAAACUCCUCCACCAAUUGCAAGCCAACAGUUUCAGUUCAACAACAUGGAUGGGAACCUUGGUAUUGGUUUCAACAACCAAUCUUCGGUUGGGACUCAAGUUGCAAUGUUGACAAACCACUGCGACUUUGGUGUUGGCACUGAUGAGAGUUUCUUGGCACAAUUAGGCUUGGGUGGCAGUAGAAGUAGUCAACCGUUUGGGUUUGCAGAAAGAAUUCCACAAGAUUCCCAGGUUCAACCUCUUCCUCCCUUUAGUUCUUUUGUUACAGGGCAACAAAGACCAGGGUUUGUUUCCACGAAUGAAAACUCAAUGCAGACUCUUACCAUUGACCCACUGUGUUUGAAUAUCCAAACACAGACAAAUAUUACAAGCUCAGACUUUGGUCUUUGUGACCUCCGACCAUUAACUAGCUCACAAACUCAGACUAGUGGCUUGGAGCAAGUUCCUUUAGAGGAUAAUGAAACACAGACAUUAAUUUCCCUGCUGGGUAUUGAUGCAAAUAGCUCUAUUGAUUCUGGCACACAAACUCAAAACCUUCUCAAUGAUUUAUUUGACUCUCAAGACAUUGAGCUGACAGAAUCGCAGACUCAAACAUGGUUUAAUGACUACUCCACAGUCACUUCACCAGCUCUUGAAAACAGUGGACAAGAGUUUGUGUACAAAACACUUGAAGACUUGGUAGACAUACACACUCAAACAUCCAUAGUAAUGUCUGACUUUACUGAGCUGGCUGAUGACACUGUUCUUGCAAAUUCACAAACUCAAACCCUGCAGAGUGACUUGGGUUGUUCAAGUCUGUUGUCAUCCAGUGUCCAGACAGAUUCAUGCUGCUCACACGCAUCACGAACGUUUGAACAGUUUGGCAGUAGUUCAGUCACCUCCACAGGUUGUCAAACACAAACCUGUUCAAGUGUUGUUGAUCACAACUGUCCUACAUCCAGUGUUGAAACUCAGACAUAG